AUGCUUUAUUUAAAAUCCAUGCUAAAAGUCAUAGACAACUCAGGUGGUCUAAUGGCUGAAUGUAUUAAAGUUUUACGUAAAUCUCCAAAAAAUUAUGCUUCAGUUGGUGAUAAAAUUGUUGUUGUUGUUCAAAAAGCAAGACCUGCAACUUCUAUGAUUACUGGUGCUUCUGCUUCAAAUAGAGUUAAAAAAGGUGAUAUUGUUCAUGCCGUAGUGGUAAGAACCAAACAAAAUGUUAUUAGACCUGAUGGUUCAGUUAUGAAAUUUGAUGAUAAUGCUUGUGUCUUGUUGAAUAAAAAUAAUGAACCUUUAGGUACAAGAAUUUCUUCAGUUGUUUCAAGACAAUUAAAAGAUAAAGGUUAUAAUAAGAUCAUUUCAUUAGCUCCAAAAGCUGUAUAA